AUGUCAACAGCGAUCAAAAACGUCCUCAUUGCAGGUGCAUCCGGCUCAGUUGGCCUUCCUAUCCUCAAUGCCCUCCUCGAAGAAUCGUCCUUUAACAUCACCAUCCUAUCUAGGGCCAGUUCGACUGCCAUCUUCCCACCCGAUAUUCCCGUAAUCAAGAUCUCUGAGGAAUACACUGUCAAAGAGCUCACAUCGGCCUUCAAGAACCAAGAUGCCGUCAUCAUCGCCCUGACCACGAGCGCCGUGUCCGCAGACGGCAGAGACGGGCUCGCCAUCCGCUUGAUUGACGCCGCAGUCGCAGCGGGCGUCAAACGCUUCAUACCCAGCGAAUUCGGCGCCAACAAUCUUGACCCGCGGGCGCGAAACUUGGUAUCUGUGUACGACAUCAAAGGCAACAUGUUAGAGUACCUGAUCGCGAAAGCAAAUCAAAGCAGCGGAAAGUUGACGUGGACGUCCAUUUCAUGCGGCUCGUGGCUUGACUGGGCACUCAAUCCAGCGAAGUCAGGAAACUUUCUCGGCAUCGAUGUCAAGGCGAGAACAGCGACUGUGUACGAUUCAGGUAAUGCCAGGUUCGCCAUCACCACGAGUAGAAAUGCGGGACUUGCGGUCGUGCGGGCCCUUGUGCAUGCCGACAUGACUGCCAACAAGCAGAUCUUCCUCGAUGACUUUACGGGUACGACGCGCGAUAUUGUUUCAAGUCUGGAGAAGCAAACGGGGGAGAAAUUCAAGAUUGCGCAGAAGUACAGUGCAGCGGAGAUGAAGGCUUUGAAAGAGAAAAUCGAUGGAGGGGAUCUUUUCCCAAUCCUAGCUAUGUCGUUUGGCGCAGACAUCGAUAUUGGAUAUGACUUUGAGAAGGAACAGGAGAUUUGGAACGAUAGGCUUGGGCUGCCAAAGGUAACUCUUGAUGAGGUGGUCAAGGAAGCUAUCGAGCUCGCACAGAGAACGUAG